CCCGGAAAUUGUAGGCGGCCCCGCCUCCGAUCACCUGACCCCGCCCGGGCCAACAUGGCGUCCUCCGUGCGCGCUGGGGAGCGGCUCCGGAGGGCCCUGAGCCCCAGCGGGGAACUGGGGGCGGCGCGCCUGCCCGGCGCGCUGCGAGCGCGGCUGGAGGCGGUCCUGAGCAAGAAGAAGGCCGCCGGGGGCGAGGGCGGCGACGCCGGGCCCUUGGUGCCCUUCCGUCUGCUGCGGGAGCUGCGCGUGCACCUCGGGGAGCAGGACCCCCCCCUCUUCCUCCAUGAGCUCCUGGAAGGCAGCGAAAUCUAUCUGCCGGAGGUGGUGAGACCCCCCAGGAAUCCAGAGCUGGUCGCCCGCCUGGAGCGGAUCAAAGCGCAGCUGGCCAACGAGGAGUACAAGAGGAUCACCAGGAACGUGUCCUGCCAGGCCCUGAGGCAGGAAGGCAGUCUAGCUGACUUUGGACGGCAAGUGAGGUCUGUGAAGGCAGUGGUCAUCACCAUCUUCAACUUCAUCGUCACCGUGGCAGCAGCUUUUGCCUGUACCUUCCUUGGAAGCCAGUACAUCUUCUCCGAAUUGACCGCAAGGGUGCUGGCGGCAGUGAUCGUGGCCUCCGUGGUGGGUCUGGCUGAGCUCUAUAUCAUGGUGCGAGCCAUGGAAGGGGAGUUUGGUGAGCUGUAACCACUGAGAGCCACUCUGAUCCCAGGCAGGUCCCCCGGGGGGACUGUGCUCAGCCCAACUUCAGGACCCCAGGCCUGCCUGCCACUGCCCAGAGCAGGGCAGAGCUCUUCCGCACCAUGGCCUUGUGGUAAGGUCCAGGGAAGAGGACUGGGCUGCUCUCAUCCCCAAAUCGGACCCACGUCCCCACACUGCAGGGCUAAAGUGGUACCCGCUCAGACUGAAGAGGAAUGGCCAAGAAAACCUUCAACACAGCCUCUGGCCAGGACCUUGCAAAAGAAUUGGCUUUUCAGAAUAGUUUGAUGGUGCAGUGAAUAGAGGGCUGGCCUUAAAGUCAGGAGGACCUGAAUCCAAAUCCAACCUCAGACACUUAAGACUUCCUAGCUGUGUGACCCUGGGCAAGUCACUUAAUCCCAGUUGCCUCGGUAAACAAAAGAAAAAAGAAUUGGCUUUAGUUUCUGCCUUUAUAUUGACCUUCAGAUUUCUUCUGGUCCUUCCUCUCACCCACUUUGUGGGUCUGUAUCCGUUUCCCUGCCUUCGGUGUCUUUGAGGCUUCCUGCCUUCAAAGCACUGUGUCUUCUGCUUCCAAGGGGAGUGGGGGGGUGGGGGGAAGUGGAGGCAAAACCUGUGUGUUCAUUUUUCACUUGAGAAUUUCCUGCUCUGGCUCCUCUUGUGUUCAGAGAAAAUCGCUUCUGGGAAUCUUCUCCAGUCUGAACACAGCCACUUGUGCUUGGAUGCUUGUUUUGAAAAAUGUGAAUAUCCCACUAUGAUGGAUACAUUCAGGAACAGUUUGAGCCCAGCAUAGAUUUUGUGUUUGCUUUUGUACCAGUUAACUUGACAGAAAACUGUGCCUCUUCGGCUUAACUCAAAAGCAUCCACCCUUCCACCACCUUCUUCCUCAGGCAAACUUCAGGCCUUUCUCAAGGUGAAGUGCCCUAUAUCUUAUGGUGCAGGGGGAGCUAUAGGCUGAGGAGGGCUGCUCUCUCUACCUCUUCCCCCAUCUUCCUCUCUGGGCAAGGUCCACCCCCACCCCGAGAGUUUCCAUCCACUGAAACCCCAGAAGCAACUGGACUCUGCCAGCCUGGGCUCCAUGGGAUCUGCAAGUGUCACUGCUAUUUAUUGUAGUAUUUAAUGUAUUUCUUAACCAUUUUUAUUAGAUUCCUAUCUUUGUAUGUGUCUGUGUGUCUGUGUGUCUGACUGGGAAGUUUUUGAGUGUUGUCCUUCAUGCCAUUUUUUCAUAAACUUUGGUUUUUAUUGCAAGAUUUUUGCAUUGCAUUGUGGUUCUUGGCACAAGUGUCAAAGAGAACAUCUUCAGGUUUUGUGUAUGCUGUGUGUAAUGUAGCCUUUGUGGUCACUUAAUGAAUGAGAAAUGGUGUAUAUGUGUGUGUAUAUAUAUACUUACGUGUGUAUAUACAAAGACUAUUCUCAAAGAUUCAUUUUUCUUACUCUGUUACCUAGAAAGCUCCCACCAAUAAGAAAGCAUUAACUGUUCUGCUGCACUCAGAGUUGAGCUCAAAGAAGAAAUUUCUGUCCUUAAAUGCUGUCUUCAGUUUGUUUUGUCAUGUUGCGUUAGGGUUUAUAUAACCUGUUAAAAGUUUAAAUGUUUAAAUAAAAACUGUCCAAAGAUG